UAUUAUAUAUGUAUUUUCAAUUUGUCCAUCGAUAAUGAUGCAGUUGAAAAUUUUGUGUUUAUUUUGUUUAUUUUUUUCUUUGUACUCCUGUGACAGCAUACAGAGUAGAAAGAAACUCUUCAAACUGGAAUUUCUAUCAAUAGAGAAAUGCGACAUACCUGAAAGCAAGAUGGACCCCACGUCCCCCAUAGAAUCGAAUGUUACCAUGAGAAAGCCAAAUAAAGAUUCCACUUUCGUCAAUAUAGAAUUAAAUGUUACACGCAAAUUUGGACCUUUACUCAUAUCUUGCAGAACAUACGAGGUGUCAGGUAAUUCGAGAACACUUAUUUACAAUAUGGAAAAGAUACCAUGUAAAAACACCGUCAUAAGGCAGGUGCUCGCGUUUUUAAAAGUAAGACUCGACAGACGCUGCUGUUCUCGUCCUGGUAUAUUUAAACACGAGAAUGUAAACGUGAACAAUUUCUCGUUUCUAUUGACAAAAACGGUCACACAAUCUGGAAAGUGAGUGAUUUGAAAUCAUCAUAUUAUAUAUCUUCACGCC